AGACAUAUUAGAAAAAGCCGUCAUUCCGCUUCUCCUGGGCACGGAUGCCAAUCGUGCGCUAUGAAGGCGCUGAUUGUGGUCUGCCUGCUUUGGGCAGUGACGGCGUCUCAGGAAAGCUUCACUAAGAUCCACAACGAUUUUGGCGUCGCCCUGUACCACAAGUUGGGAGAACUUGGCCACAAUGUGUUCCUGUCGCCCCUCAGUGUCGCCACCAUCGUCGGCAUGGUCCACCUCGGAGCGAGGGGCAGUUCACGGGACCAACUAGAAGCCGUGCUGGGAUACCAGGAUGCUGCCAUCAGUGGAGAGGAAGCCCACGUCGCCUUUCGGGAACUGCUGGGCAGGAUCCUGGCGGGGAAGAAAGGCUACGACUUGACGGUCGCCAGCGCAGUCUUCGUUUCUGCGGGAACUCCGGUGUUCGAGAAGUACCAGAAAGACCUCGCCAAGUACUACCAGUCCGGAUUGUACUCUGCGGAUUUUGCGGGGAGUUCCGUCGAAGCUACCGAAGACAUCAACUCGUGGGUCCGCGACAUGACCGGUGACAAGGUGCCAUCGAUCCUGGACAGACCGUUGCCGCCCUCUGUGCCUCUCCUCGUCCUCAAUGCGGUCCACUUCAAAGGCAAGUGGGAAAACCAGUUCCACGUGAGUAACACCGAAAAGGAAACUUUCUAUAAUCGCGGUACGGAUCCCGUCAAAGUGGACACGAUGAAGCAGACGGCAGAACUGGUACACGCUUUCAGCACCGAACUGGACGCGCAGAUCCUCGAACUGCCCUACGUGGGCGAUCGUGUUGUGAUGGUGUUAGUUCUCCCCACUGAAAAGACUGGUCUGCCAAGCUUGGAGAAAAAGUUCUCCUUGGAUGCAGUGAGGAGUGCUCUGGAAAGCUCCGUUCAGCACCGGGUCACGGUGUCUCUGCCCCGCUUUAAGUUGCAGGAGACGUACAACCUGAAGAAACCUCUGCAGGCGCUGGGCCUCCGCAGGGUGUUCGAAAAGCCCGGGGCGAAUCUAACGGGCAUCGCACCGCGUCCCCCGUUGGCUUUGGACGAGGUUCUUCACAAGGCUUUAAUUCAGGUGGACGAGGAAGGGUCCGAAGCCAUAGCUGUGAGCGGAGGCAUCAUCAGUCACUCCCGACUCCCGCCCAAGGACAUUGUUUUCCAAGCUGACCACCCCUUCCUGUUCUUCAUCGAGGAUGUGCCCACAAAGUCCGUGCUUUUUAUUGGGAGGCUUCAAGAGCUUUGACGAGCAGCUCCUGUGAAAACAUCGGCGCAGUUUUAGCGGUUUUGUUUUAGUGGUCGCAUGUUUUGUUUUUAAAUAAACCUUUAGAGCUGGG